ACUCACUCCCUGUCAGAGCGCGUUGACAGCCACCGACCGGAGCACUGAUCAGCCGUGCAAGACUGCUGGAGAGAGAAGAAGGAGAAGAAGAAGAAGAAGAAGAAGCUCCUCCGACUCUCGCGCGCUGUUUCAUUCGCGAAAGACUCAUCAGUGUCCCACCGCUGCCCGCACCAUGUCUGGAGAGGACGCACCUGCCCAGGAGCAAAACGCCGUGGACCAGAAGCAGGAGACCAAGCCGGCGGAGGAGCCCAAACCCGAGCCGCCCAAGACGGAGUCCGCUCCGGACGCCGCCGAGGCAGCGGCGACCCCCGCGGCGGCGGCGGCCACCGCCGAGGGCAAGGCGGCCGAGGAGGAGGAGGAGGCGUUCGCCUACCGCGCGCUGGUGCUCACCGGCUACGGCGGCUACGACAAAGUCAAGCUGCAGGUGAAGAAGGGCAGGCCGGCGCUCAAGGCCGACGACGUGCUGGUGCGGGUCAAGGCGUGCGGGCUCAACUUCGCCGACCUGAUGGCGCGACAGGGGCUGUACGACCGGCUGCCGUCCCCGCCGUUCACCCCGGGCAUGGAGUGCUCCGGGCUGGUGGAGGCUGUCGGGGAGGAGGUGACGGACAGAAAGGUGGGCGAUAAGGUGAUGGUGCUGAACCGCUUCGGCCUCUGGCAGGAGGUGGCGGUGGUGCCGGCGAGCCACACCUUCCUCAUCCCGGAGGGCAUGGGCUUCGAGGAGGCCGCCGCCCUCCCCGUCAACUACAUCACCGCCUACAUGAUGCUGUUCGACUUCGGCAACCUGCGGCCCAACCAGAGCGUCCUCGUCCACGCCGCUGCAGGUGGUGUUGGUAUCGCAGCCACCCAGCUCUGCAAGACGGUGAAGGACGUGACCGUGUUCGGCACCGCGUCGGCCAGCAAGCACGAGACCAUCGGCGAGGGCGGAGUCACGCAUCCCAUCGACUACCGCACCAAGGACUACGUGGAGGAAGUCCGCAAGAUCAGCCCGAAAGGCCUGGACAUUAUCCUGGACCCUCUCGGAGGAUCGGACACCCAUAAGGCCUACAACCUGCUGAAGCCCAUGGGCAAACUUAUUACCUAUGGCACCUCGAACAUGCUGGCGGGCCAGAAGAAGAACCUGCUCGCCGUGGCCAAGAACUGGUACCACCAGUUCUCCAUCCACACGCUCAGCCUGAUCCAGGGCAACAAGUCGGUGUGCGGCUUCCACCUGGGCUACCUGGACGGCGAGAUGGAGCUCAUCACGCAGGUCAUGAACACCGUGCUGGACCUCUACAAGCAGGGCAAGGUCAAGCCCCGCAUCGACUCCACCUGGCACCUCGAGCAGGUGGGCGACGCCAUGAGGAAGAUGCAGGAGAGGAACAACAUCGGCAAAGUGAUCCUCACCACGGAGCCGAUGCCCGAGGAGGAGAAGAAGGAGGAGCCCAAGAAGGAGGACAAGAAGGACGACAAGAAGAAGGACGACAAGAAGAAGGAGGACAAGAAGAAGGACGACGGCAAGAAGGAGGAGAAGAAGGACGACAAGAAGAAGGAGGAGCCCAAGAAGGAGGAGAAGAAGGAGGAGGAGAAGAAGGAGGAGGUCAAGAAGGAAGAGAAGUGAGAGGGAAUGGGAUGGAUGGAUAGUCAAGCAGACCAGCAGGGAGGGUGUGUCCUGGGAGCGAGGGGGUGUGGGUGGGGGGGCGGACGGAGAUGGAGAUGGGUGGGACGUCGGGGGUGGAGCAGCAGUGAGAAGGGGAAGGAGUCAGAGGCGUAGAUUACAAAAUUUUCACACCUUUCAUCUCUUCUGCUCCACCCUCUCGAGUCCACAAUGGCGGUGAUUACUCAGGCCUGGCUCCGCCCACGCCCCCUCGCGCACACACACAUUAAACAGAAGAAAAAAAGAAAGAAAAAAUCUAACCACUCUCCCCAGCUCGUGAGCUCGGAAACGUUUGUCCCCACCUCGACCAGGUCGAGGAAAGAGCCGCGACGCUUCAAAGAUUCUUAUUUUUUCUCCCCUAUUCGGAAUGACAGGGACGAGGAAGCCGUGGAGGGACCGUGGGUAGGGUCCAGGCUUUGGGGGGCGGGGGGUGAAUUACCGUUUCCUUGACAGCCGUUAAUCCCCGCCUGCCCGCUCGCUUUCCGGCCCCACCCUCCAUCCCCCCUCCCCCGUGCCUCCCCGCCACCUCAACUCCCACUGUGCUAAAUUGUUCUGCUCUGACUUCCACCUGCCACCUCCUGUCCUCUCCUCUCCAUCCCCCCGAACCCCACCCCACCCUCACUGUGCUGAGUCCCCCUCCUCCCUCCCCACUCCCACCUCACCCCCCGCACCACCAACCCACGGGCCGGACCCACAGACAGCCAGGCAAACACGAAAGAACCACGCCCACCCACUCGUCGAUCCCUCCGGUGUCCGACGCCUCGAGUUAUGUCACUGAGGAUGAGUCAGAGAUGAUUGUGAUUGGCUCCUCCUCCUCCUCCUCCUCCUCCUCCUCAUGUAGACUUUAGCAUCACGGUUUCGAUCAUGACUGCUCAGACGACCGUGUUAAAGCUGCAACAAGGCCUGAAAUUGUGUUUUUUUUGUUUUUUUGUUUUUUUGUUUGUGGAAACAGCUCCUGCGGUCCCAGCAAAUUCCCAGUGAAGUUAAUAUAGUGGCUGCAGCUUUUUUACACUCGCCUGAAUAUGAAUUUCCCCACAUAAUGAGUCUUUCUGUGCAGCGUUGAAUAGGGAGGCAGAAAUCAUCGCUCAGCUUCCUCCUCCUCCUCCUCCUCCUUAGUUACAGAUUUCCUUUUUUUUCUCUAGCGGACCAAAAACUGUUGGCAAGAAGCGCCCGCUGCCAAUUAAGAGAGAAUUUGUUUCGUACGAGCCACAGACACACACACAUUGAUUGAUUGCACACACACACACACACACACACUCUGAAUGUUGAUGAAAGGGCCACUGUCACGCAGUGAGACAGCGAAGCGUCUGAAAACGAGCAAAGUUAAAGAAGGUGAACACGGGUUUCCUCUUUCUUUCCGUGGCAUUCCGCUCCUUUUCACGGCGGCCGCUCGCCCGUCGAUCAGCCGGACCUGCGAGAGGGAGAAUUCAAUUGGAGCUGGCGUCCACGCUUCGCCUCCCCUCCUUCUCGACUCUGCUCUCUCCACCCUCCUCUCUCUCCAUUUCCCCUCUCCAUGGUCGGCAUAGCAACAGGCGUCAGGCUCGUCAGAGACGGCACUGUGGUCUGUUUUCUCUGACUCCCUCUCUCCCUGCGUUCCCCCUCUCUUCUUUGUUUCUGCCUCCCUAACUCUACUCGCCAUGUUUCAGGUGUGAAGCGUAGUAGCCAUCCAUGCGAUGAAACGAGGAGGGGGUGGAGAUAGUUAGUGUUGCCCCCCACCACCAAAAAAAUGUAAUCUACUCUUGACAGUGUGCAGGCUCAGACGGCACAUCGCUCCCUCUGACGGCCAGCGUGAAUAUAUUUGUGUCUGGCUGCGGUCGUGUUAGAAGUUGAGAGGUGUAAUCCUCGAGCGUCUCAUCACAAAUCCCACUUGGGGUCGGACUCUAAAUCUUUUCCCGUGGGCGGAUGUCAGCUCUUAAAACCCCUUAGACACGUAUCUCCCCGCCUGCCCGUCCGUCUGCCUGUCUGCCUGCGAGCCCGGCCUCGGCGUCGGUGAGACUCAGAUGGUGACUAUAGUGACUUUGUAAAAAAAAAAAAGGAAAAACAAAAGAAAAAAAUUGUCGUGUUCGCAUGAGGGGACUCCCUCACGUGCCGUGUGUGGCGUGCCAUUGUGUGUGAAGGUGUGUGUGCGUGCGUGUGUGCGUGUGUGUCCUCAGGUCGUUUAAAAGCAGCCACCCUCCCCUCCCCUCCCCGCCCACCUUCGCCCCGCCCUUCUUCCUCCCCCUCCUCCUCUUGUCGCCCCCCCCUGUCUGAUAAGAGGCCUGUGUUUUUACGAGGACAGUUGGUAUUAGUAUUUUUGUUUGCACUCUGCUCGCUGAUCUUAAUGCACUUACGGGGCAUGGCGGUCCCACUCCAGCCCCACACUGUGGCUUUUGAUUCUGCUCCACGUCCGCCGCUCCCGCCCCCCAUCAUCCACUCUUCCCCCACACACACACACACACACAGAAACACACACACACACAUUUUCAGCUUGCCAGUCCCUGUCCAGGUCCAACUUCUCCUGGGUGGCAGCUAAAAAAAAAAAAAAUCAAAAGCAUUCAUCCCAUCCUGGACCUGUGGGAAGUAAAGUGUGGAGUGGACCCACCGGGGGGGGAGGGCUGGAGUGUGACCGUCCACGCUGGUGUCGUUGGGGGAGUGACCUGUGUCCCGUCGGCCUCCGGUUAGUGUUCUGUUCUAAUCUGCUGGGCGUGAACCUGUGGACGGUGCUUCUGUUUCCGAGUGCCAUGUGAGAAACAAACGCUUCAAAAAAAAGAGGAUGUUUUACCUAAUAUGUGAUUUUAAUUUACCUUUAUAUAUAUAUAUAUAAUUUUUUUUUUUUUUCUCGUUCUGUUCGUUUAUUUGUUUCGUUUAUCCAAGGGUUUAAAAAGAAGUUCAAAGCGCUCAUGCUCUUUCUAUGUGGGGGGGGGACCUUGCCAAAACCUGCACUCCUUUCAAAUGUGACGACGCCUUUUUUCUCUCUCUCUGUUGGUCUGAACCACGUGUGCCAAAUUAUUGUAUCUGUACUCCUCUGUCAAUGCUUUCGAUAUUAACAGUGCAUAUAUAUAAAAAAAAAAAAAUGUAUGAAGGAAAAUUAUCUGGUUUUUUUUCCAUGCAUUUCCGUCAAAACCCUUUUAGAAGAAAAAGAGGGGGGAAAAAAACGACAAAAGAGUUGUCAGUGUGUCAGAUUUGUGUUCCCGAACGCUCAACGGUGCUGACGAGAGUUCUCCGCUGCAGUUUACAAAGAAGGUUCAACACAAUUUGUAGCUUGUUGAUCGAUUGACGGGCGUCUCUCUCGGGCGUAGGCCUGCACUGUGCCUCCCUCCCUCCCUCCCUCCCUCCUGCACACAGCUAACCUCCACCCGAGGCGCCUCCCUCCACUGUGCUUUCACCAGCUCGGUUCCGUCCCUCGCCACGCGUUUGCAGCCACGGCACCGGUGACAAAGUCCGUGAGAAGAAGACAAAAGGUGCAUUCAAGGUGCCAAAAAAAUGACACAUGGAUUCACAAAGAAUUGCUAAAAAGGCCCAUCCCCAAAUCCCCCCAAAUGACUCCUUGGUUUGUUUUCCAAAAGUGGCUCGUGUAGCAGAGCGAGGGAGCAGAUGUUUUUAUCACACAGAUGUGCAGGCGAUGCCAAUUCUGUAACGCAGCUGCACCAGAAGAAAAUCCCAGCGUAGAGCCUGUACCGGGGCCGAUCACGGCUCCAGACGCGACAUGUCCGCUCUGCAGCUGAUCUCAGUUCACGCAAGGAAUUAUGACCUUUUCUUUCUUUCUUUCUUUCUUUCCUGGGCUGCAUCCACAGAGCUUCUUGGCCGGUGCGACAGUCGCGGCAGCAGCCAGGCCCCCAAAAGAGCCCAUCUCUCCGUAUCAACCCCCAUCGAUGUCCAUUGGAGUUCGCAGCGAAUGGAACUCUACUUCUGACAUCUGGAAUUUUUCGAAAUUGCAUGCGUUCAUCGGCAUGUGGGAAACAGAUUACCAGGUUCCUUUUGAGCUGGGAUGCCUUUGAGAUGAACUCAAUCAGUGGGAGGCGGGUGUUUCUAAUGUCUGGGCCUUCUGGGACUUCGACUCAAACACGAGAGCCUUUUCCACCGCGUCGAAAAGCCACAUUGUACAGUAGUAUGUCGUCUUCCCGGUCGCUCCAGACACUUGGCAACUCAAGAGAUACACGGGAGGGGGGGGGGGGGGGGGGGGGAAACAGCGUUUCAAAGUAGAAAAAUGAACUCAAGUGGUAAUUUCUGAACAUUAGCAGUUUUAGAUUUGAUCUCACCAUGUGACGCUCGCAGUGUAAAGGUCCGCAACAUGCACCAAGACUUCCGUUUGUCUUGGACUAGUACACCUGAGGUCCCUCGCGGGCGCUCAGCGUUCAGCUCCGAGGUUUCCUCCUCAGUCGUGUUGCAGUUAGUCCCAACCACCGCCACCGCCACGUCGUCCCGUCUCACCGCACACACACACACACACACACUCUCCCACACACCCACUUUCGCUUCACAGCAUCCGCGGCCGACGUCGAGCUUUGGCGCCGCGAGGCCAAAGGGGAGAAGCUCCGUCAGUGGAGCCACACUGUGUUCACUCGUCCACGCUGAGAAAAACAACGAUCCACACACAUCUGCCUGCAGCGUUUGUUUCCUUGGCCAUUAAGUCAUCACGAAGAGUUUUUGCAAUGGAGCAACAAUGCGGAGGCGCUGAGUGAAGUUCAACCUGGCUGGGCUUUGUUAUGUGCAGUACUAGGAUCAGUGUUUAGUGUGUGUGUGUGUGUGUGUGUGUGUGUGACAGCUCGCCGUCUCUCUCCACUUCAGAUUAGCAGCCAUGUUGAGGGCCGACGUCAGGGAGGAGACGAAGAGCGACCCACCCUCCCUCCUGUGCCACCUGGCUGCCCUCGUGUCCUCCGUCACGGCCCGCUGGCUGGUUACUGUGCGUUUCGAGACGUGCACCUCGACCUAUCUCUGGGAAACGCUUUCGGAAAAAGAACUCGCCUCACGUCCCCUCCCCGCCGCACGCCGCCUCCCCCGUUGACAGAUUUCACGUCGCCGCUGGUCGUUUUCUACGGGGGCACACGGCGCCCUACAGGUUGACCUCUGAGCCAGCACUCGUCCUCCCGCUCUGACCUUCCUAUUGCGUUUGUUGGGUUUUCUCGGUUAUGUUUUCCUUCUGUUCGUGGUUGCAAACGCUCUCUUCUCUCACCGCCACUUUGUUUUUGAAACCCUUUGAAUUGAUGCUGCUUCUGUGCUUGACUCUGGGUUUACUGCGUGGUGCCAUGUUGUCCACAUGGCCUCUAGAGCUUGUAACGCUUCAGUGUGUAAUGUUACCAUAUGCCUUACAUGUUUUCCAGGACUAAUAAAAAAAAGCAUAACAAAAACA